CUAAUUAUUACCAUCAUGGAAACAUCUGCUAAUACUCAUAUGGAGGUGUGCACAAUAACUGGGAAUUACUUCACAAACGAGUCUUCACAAACUUCUGGAAAGCUACGGAGAACUCUGGGUGGCAUCAUCACCUUGGGCUGUGGUCCCUACCUUUCAGCCUUGGACAUAUUCCCUUCCAAAAUGGAACUUCUUUCUGCCAUUGUGUUCGGAGGAGGUGCUGUGCUGGGAACUGCAAUUCUCUUGCUGCUCUCCUGGGCAAUUUACUAUGAUUUCACCCGAGCCAAGAUUCCCUCUGAAUUUGAACAUCCAUUUAAGCUGCAUCUCCUUCACAUGGGUCUCGUUGUACUCUUCACACUGGGGAAGAGCUUGGAAGUGUUGCAUCUAUGCAGACAAGUUACUUUCAUUCGCUUCCUGAUGUCUUUCAAGAAAUCAAGAAUGGAUCCAGGCCUUUCUGCCAAAGAUUUAGACUUCGAUGGGAUACCCGUCAGGGUUUAUUAUCCCAAAACCCCAUCUGCUGGCCAGAGAAAAGGAUUUGUUUUCUACCAUGGAGGGGCGGGCAUGAUUGGAAGCAUUGCUUACUAUCAAGAUAUCACCAGUAAAUUUGCCAAGGAGAGUCAAUCAGUGGUUGUGGCUGUCGGCUACCGCUUAGCGCCUGAACACCUCUUUCCCACCCAGUGGGAGGACUGCCUGACUGCUACCGUGCAUUUCAUGAAACAUGCAGAGGACCACGGGGUGGACCCUUCCCAGAUUAUCAUCGGUGGAGACAGUGCAGGGGGCAAUUUUGCCUCCGUUAUCUCCCAAGAACUCCUCAGGCAACCGGAUCUUCCCAAGCUGCGUGCCCAGGUGCUGAUCUACCCAGGGGUCCAGGCGAUGGAUUUCAACCUGCCUUCCUAUCAGCAGAAUUGUGCCAUGCCAGUCUUGUUCCAGGACAGCGUGGUUUACUAUGGACUAAAGUUCUUUUUAAAAGAUUCAUCGCUGAAGGAUGAUAUUUUGAAGGGAUGUCAUGUGCCUGAUGAAUUUAGGCUAAAAUACAAAAAGUGGGUAAGUCUGGACAACAUUCCUGAGAAAUUUAAACGCCGGGGGUACAAAAGAAUCCCAUUGGCUCCUUUCAAGCCUGAGAUUUACAGCCAACUGCCAAAUAUACUCGACACCUCAUUUUCUUCACUGCUUGCUGAAGAUGUUGUCAUGCAACAACUCCCAGAGACUUUUAUCGCAAGUUGUGAGUAUGAUGUAUUUCGGGAUGACUCUAUCUUGUACAAGAAACGGUUGGAGGACAACGGCGUGAAAGUCACCUGGUUCCAUGCUGAACAGGGAUUUCAUGGCAUCAUCAACCUCUGUCACAUGAGCCUCUUGCAGUUUCCUGCAGGGAUAGAAAUACUGGACAAAGCAGUUGACUUUGUCAGAAAUUUAUGAGACAUUUAAAAUUGCUUCAAAAGUCCAGUGCUACAACCGAUUAAAAAUUUAUAGUUUUGGAAAGCAAAAUAUUCAUGUUUCUAACUCUAAUUGCCUUUUCUUUAAGCAUUU